UAUUACACACCAUGAUCAACAUUGGGAUUUUGAAAUUUAAAGUUCUUAUCCGCUUUUAGGAUUCAUUGAUUUUCAUACUGCAUUUUAUAAUAACUUAUAAUGGAUUCAGAACUGAAAGAUUUAGAUCUUUAUGAAAUACUUGAGAUCCAACAAUCAGCUACUGAAAAGGAGGUUAAAACAGCGUAUAGAAAGAAAGCUCUACAAUUUCAUCCAGAUAAAAACCCUGAUAAUCCAAAAGCAGCACAAUUGUUUUUGCAGUUAUCUAAAAUAUUAGCUGUUCUGACAGACACUGCUGCUCGUAGUGCUUAUGACAAGUUAAUAAAUGCUAAGCUUGCUGCAAAAUUACGGGAAAAAGAAUAUGAUUCGAAGCGAAAGAAACUUAUAGAUGAUCUGGCUAGAAGGGAAAAAGGAGCAUUAGAAAAACAAAAAGAUACAGUUGAACGAAAUUUUGAGAAAGAAUUAGAACGCUUAAGAAGAGAAAGUUCAGAUUUACUUGCCAAAGAAAGAGCUCGUGUUAAUGAGUUGCUUAAGCAGCAAGAAACUGAGAAAGAAAUGAAUGGUUCAUAUAAAUUAAAAGUAAAAUGGAUAGAAAAUGAAGUGUAUGAUAAAGAUAAUUUAAGAUCUCUGUUUUCUAAGUACGGCGAUGUGAUUACUGUAGUAGUUUUGGAGAGUAAAAAAUGUGUUGCACUAAUCGAAUACAAUACAAAAAAUUCAGCUAUUAAUGCCAAAAAUUUAGAAGUUGGUUAUCCACAUUGUCCACUAACAGUAAGCUUUAUUGGAGAUUAUGGUCAAGAUACUAAGAAAAGUUCUAAUCAGACUUCUGCAUCAAAGUCAAGCAAUAUGACUUAUCAAAAUAAAAAUGAUAAUGAAACCAAAAAUACCAAAUUUAAAUCAACUUCACAGGCAUUUUUGGAUUAUGAAGCAAUGAUACUUGAAAGAUUUCGACAAGCUGGUAAAUCUAAGCAAGAGAGUUGUAAUUUAAAAAAUAUGAGUACUGAAGAAUCAAAAUCAGUCUGAUUAAUACUAUAAUAUUUAGUUUGUACACAAUUCAUGCAAUGAAAUGACAACAUAGACAGGUAUUCACUUAGUUUAAUAUUUUGAGAGUAUGAAUCUUUUAAUUUAUUGAAAGUAUAGUGAAUAGUCUUGGCUCUCUAAAAAUAAUAAAACAUUUUGUAAUAAUGUAAA